AUGGCCAUGUCGCAACAGAAUUCGCUUGUUCCAGUAGAGACUCCAAGUCCCGAUACGGCUAACAAUUUCAUCGAUCUCGAGGACGGCGGGUACACAACUUUAUAUCUUUUUUCGCUGGUGCCGAGAACUGCACCGAAAUUAGGUAUUAGUUAUAACACCGAUCUCUCACUUUCGAAUGCGAAUGGGCAUUUCAGUCAUGCUAUUGUAUCCAUGUAUCUAGACCACUUUGUUGGGAAGAGAGAGGGCGCGAAAACCUUUUUUCUUUAUAUGGAAGUUGGGAGAGCAUUCAACCGCCCAAUAUGGAGUGGACUAGAACCAGUUGAUUUCCGAUCACGAAGCGCAACGAUCCGUGAAUGGCUCACCGAGUGCGAAACGUCCCAUCCAAACUGUUGGAGGUCUCCGAAGCCAGACGUCCAGUUAGCAACACGUAUACUCGACAUUCAAGAGCUUGAAACCGAUCUUUAUUCUAUCAAUCUUGUCUCAACUAAAGGAAUCGACUUGUACAGUAGACCUUACAUGGUCCUGACUCAUGUAUGGGGUGGUGUAGAGCUGCCUUGUAAGACAACUAAGAGUAACAUAGCGAAAUACUCUGACGGCGGCAUCGAUUUCGAUAGUCUCCCAAAGACAUUUCAAGAUGCCGUCCGUCUCACUGUAGCUAUUGGGUUCAGGUACCUUUGGAUAGACAGCUUGUGUAUCAUUCAAGAUGACACAGAAGAUUGGCAGCGAGAGAGUGCCAAGAUGGCAGCAAUUUAUGGUGCAGGUACUAUUACUCUCUCUGCAACUAGUGCUGAAGAUAGCCAUGGAGGAUGUGGUCUUUCUCCAAAGAUUGAGUCUGUAACUCGAUUUUGCAGUACUGACCCCGGACGCCCUGACUUUGCCGUCAAAAAAAGAAAGCAACCUCCCUACCGUUGGGUAGACACCAUCGAAAUCCAGCUGCGUGAUGAACCAGUCCGUAAAAGAGCAUGGAUACUGCAAGAGCAAAUUCUGUCGCGUCGGAUUCUACAUGCUACCUACUCUCAAUUUGUGUGGGAAUGUAACUCAAUCCAGGAAAGAGAAGAUGGCACAGCGUACGAUCAGAAAACAUAUUUGCCUCCUGACAAAGCAUGGCGUACCAGGGAUAGAGGGUUUCCACAAAAGAUUCUCGAUGGUGGUAAUGGAAAACUGGAUAUCUUUAAGUUCGAGAAGCGUUGGUGGUGGGAUUGUGUAGACGAUUACAUGAAACGCUCUCUCACCCGUACGAGUGACCAAUAUGCCGCCCUGGCUGGCAUUGUGCAAUUUCAUCAAGACAUUUCCGGUAACAGACCAAUUAUAGGUUUAUGGGAACGUCAUCUAACGCUUCAUCUUUCAUGGAAAGUAUAUCACGACCCUCGCGAGCAUAAAACGCCUCUACCAGAUCGAGCUGAUUGCCGACCAAGUUGGACAUGGAUGUCUUUUCCUCAUGGCAGCGUCAACAUUAGUCCACCAGAUUGGGGAGAACUCACGGUUGAGAAACCAAGAGUAGGAGACUUGGGUAUUGUGUAUCAAGCCAAAAUUUUGAACACAGAUAUAAAAUGGAGCGGCGAACCGCUAACAUCCGAUCCAAGUGGUAGCACCAUCAACAUUCGCGGUUUCAUGCGUCGCAUGCGAAAGCCCAAGCCAUACCGGACCGCAAUGCAUAGUCGGUUACGCCUGGACCCAGGAGUUACCGAUGAAGGCGGAGAGUGUGGCGAAUACGACACGUUUGCUCUUUUCGCCUACGUGCGCAGUCCCGUCUUGAUCAAUCUACCGCCUACUAUCACAACGGCGUACCUGGUUGUUCAGGCAAUUGGCCUAGAAGAAGAUGGUAUUUAUAGGCGUAUUGGGGAGCACGCGGUAACAGAGGAUUUCGAUAUGAAUGGUAGCCCAGAUUACGUACCUGAGGGUGUUCAGAGGGACAUCACGCUUGUCUGA